AUGGUGCAACAAUGGAAUGGUGGUUUUCAUCCUCAAGGGGUUCCACAAGAAGCUGCAGGUGGUGAUUUCCAAGAUUUCUUCCGCAUGAAUCCUCCUGAGUUCCAUGGUGGGUUAAAUCCUGUGAAAGCUCAUGAGUGGAUAACCAACAUGGAAAGGAUUUUUCAGAUAGUGCAUUGUAGUGAAGAGAAUAAAGUUAUGUUUGCUUCUCACAUGAUGAAGGGUCCCGUUGUGAAAUGGUGGGAGAGUGCGUCGACUCUUAUGACCAAUCAAGGAGUACCUAGGGAUUGGGAGCAUUUUAAGACUACUUUAUUGGAUAAGUAUUUUCCUAGCUCUUUGAGGACUCAUAAAGAAUUUGAGUUUCAGCAGCUUAGGCAGGGUACUAUUACAGUAGCUGCGUAUGCUGAGAAAUUUGAAGAUAUGGUUGUUUAUUUUAGACAAGCUGUGUACACACCAGAUGAGAAAUGGAAGAUUGAUCAGUUCCUUUUUGGUCUAAAAGGUGAAAUUUCUCAUAGUGUUUCUCAAAGGGAAUUCAUUACUUAUGCUGAAUUGUUAGGUAAUGCUAUGUGGAUGAGAAUAGUUUAA